AUGCAGGAGGAGGUGGCUGAGACCCCCCCACAUGCUCAAGGGGACUCCUCUGAAAAGUUUGGGCCCUCGCCUGCAGGAAGUUCCCAAGUAUCGCCAAUUCAGAGCUCCUUUACCAAUGAGGAUGCCUCACAAGAUGCAGCUCAAGCAUCUGCAUCAGACAGCCAUGCACGCCAGCGGACAUCAAAACGUUUGGCGGAACGCGAACAGAAACGGGGAGCAGAGAAAGAAACCAGGGAUGCAGCCCUCACAAGGAAUGUUCCUGCGAUGCUUGGUCCCAUCUUCGGGCAUAUGGGAUGGGGUGCUUUAGUGGUGAAUGGAUCGCCUGAAAGUGCGAAAGUGGAGUGUAUGGCAGUUGAUGGGGGCAAUGCCAGGGAGGCUAGCAACAGCAAGGAGGACGUGAUGGCAUUCUUGUCAUCAUUGGAGGAUGAAAAUCUGUGGGAUGUUGCUGUCAGGCUUGUGAGGAGGAGGACCAUGAGUGCUGACGACCUGGAGGAUUUGGAACCAGCCCACCUGGUGCAGCUCGACAAUCUACUGCAGCCAAUGUGGAAGUAUCCUCCUUUGUGCGCGCUCACCAUGGCAGAGCUACAUCUGGACCACGCGCUCCAAUCCGCAAAUCGAUCUGAGAGGAUCGAGUCUACCGAGGUUGCCAGCUGCCUCAGGCACUGUGAAAGGAAUCUACUCACAUGCCACAAAGAGUUUUUGCUGGGCGUCAUGCCUGUGCAGGGCAACGGCCAUGACCUUGAUGAGCCGGAAGUCAUCAUUCGCUACCACUGGUGCCGCGCCAUGCUGCUUGAAUGCCAACAGAAAUUUGAGGAGGCUGCGGCACACUACCGCUGCUGCCUUGCCAUCUGCAACGAUGACGCAUUUGAGCCAGUUGUUCUGAGACACUGGAAGCGAGAAAACAGGAUCGACGCGGUGGCGGUGCAGAAGAAAUUAGACUAUGCCAAGCUGCUGGGGCAGCUGUGCGACAUGGAGUCCUGGAAGCAAGAGGGCAGAGCGCAGGAGCUGAUCGACGCCCUGUCGCCUCUGGUGCUAGCAGCAGAAGGUGCCACCACCAAGGGACGCAUGCUGAAUAGGGUGGACAAGAUCAAGGCGCUGCAGCUGUUGCAGGAUGCAGCUGCCACCCUCCGGCCCACUGCUAUAGGAACAGAGAUGAUGGCUGACAUUGUGCUCCUGGAACUGCUCCUCCCGAAGCUGUCUCUUAGGGAGGACACGAUCAACGAUCACUAUGGAGCAGCUCAUGGGAAAGUCCCUCCAGCGCUGGCCAUGGCUUGCCGGAAACCACCAAAGAACAACAAGGCCAUCAUGAUGGCCAUGAAGAAGCUGCUGUCUCUUGGGGAAGCUGUGCUGCAGCAUGCAGCCCUUCCAGAUAACUCCAUCUUCCAGUGCUUUGAGGAUGGUGACAACUUGAAGCUUAUGCGAACUGUGCGCCUCAGGGUGUUGCAACACCUAGAAUGGUGCUACUGGCGCUUCCAGUCACAAGUGAAGAGAGGACAAGAUGCUGUGCAGCUCAUGUCACAACGUUGUAAUGCUCUGUGUGAAGCCGCUCGUGCAAUGGUUGUUUUCCAUCAAAUCGAUCCAGAUGCUGGCAGCGACCCUCAAGCGACAGAGGACCUCCUGUGCACCCUAUUCCGAUUGCUGGCCGACAGGGAGGCGUUGCUGCAUCAGCAGGGGAGUGUGUUGAAGCUGUUCCUUAUGUGCCUCAGAGCUGCAACGAUGAGGAAGAUGGCCGAAUAUGGCCUGCAGCCCGGCUCCUCAACUGGAAACUUUCCCCAAGGAUCCCCGUUCAGCAUCAAUUCGAAUAUCUCCAGUGAAGUAACUGAUGACUUGCUGGAUGCCCUUGGUGAUGGCAUCGCCCAGUGCCUGCGUUGCCUCUACGGAGUAGAACUUGGGCUGGGGAACCAUCAAUGGGGUGGCGGCUACAGCAGUGCUGCCAAAGACAGACUGGUGAUGAACUCGAGAGAUGCAUGCCUGGAGGUGUGGCGUGCAGUGCAGCCCUACCUUGAGAUCAUAGCAAGCAAAGACCCAAAGAAGAACUACAAAAAAUUCAAUGCCUGCAAGGACUUCCUGUGCAAGAUCAGCAAGCACGUUGCAAGUGAGCCACCUGAGGCCGUUGCAGCGCUGCGUGUCGAUGCUUUUUUGGAUGACCCCAACAUUGAUGAGAAGUCCUUACUGAAUGGCGAUCUCCCCGAUUUCCUUAACCCUCAGAGUGCACAGAGGAUGGAGAUCCUACAGAAUGUGGCUGACAGGGAGGUGCACAACCACCUGCACUAUUGGUCAGCACUGUCAACAGUGGAAGAGAGCAUGGACUACAACAUAUGCACUGGUGCCCUUGGCGAGAAUGCAGACGAAAAGAUCGAGGAGCAAGUGCAGUGGGUCAAGUGGGACCUUGUCUUCAAUCCAACAAGGUGCUGGAGCUGGGAGACGCUGGGCAUGUGCUACAAGGAUGCGUCUGAGACGCUGUGGGACAAUGCUGCUAUUGAGGUCCAGCCAGGCGCCUGGCCGCAGCAUGAGGCAUGGAUCCGCCGUCUGGAGCGCCUGCAACGCUGGCAGCUGCGGUGCCUGGCGAUCGCCCGCGCACUGGGGGCGAAAGACAGCAGUGUUUCAGACAGCGACGUGGCAGAACUGGACGAGGCAUUGGGCGAGGCGGUGUUUAAUGUGCUGCAGUGUGUGCCACCACAGCACCAUGGAAAGAAGCGUGCAAUCGAGUUUGAUGCUGAAUCCCAGGCAAAAUGCCGGUUUGCAUUGAAGCGAUACAUGGAAGCUGCAAAUGUGCUGAGUGAGGAGUGGACCUUCAUGCUGUAUGUCGGAAAACUGACUUGGAAACUGAAGGAGGAAGGCUGGGAGAACAAAAGCAUGGACAUUUUUGCACAGACAGCCAUGUUUGCAACAGUCCAUGGUGGUGGUCUUGUGGAGCCCAUUUAUCGUCUCCAUGCAACAAGACUGAAACUGUUGCUCGCUGGCAACCGCGAUUGGGGCAUGCUCACAAGGUACAUGUUUAAUCCUGACACGGACUUGCAGACACAAGUUGACAAGAGACAGCAAGCUGUGGCCACUGGUGGAAGCUCCACCGAGUCGCUGGGCCCCUUGGACGAGUACCUCUUUCAGGGUGUGUUCUCGGACUGUGCGGCUGCAAUGCUGUUCUGCUUCGAAGAGAAUAAGUACCACCACAGGGCUCUGCAUCGACUUGCUGAUGCAUACUACCGGCAGGGUGACCUGUCAAGGGCAGAUGGGUACCUUCGCCAGUUGUUCUCUCGUGGCAAAAAAUCUCCAGCAUUCUUCAUAAAUGUCUGGAUGAUCGAGACAGAGAACUACGGCAUGAAGAGAGCUACCACGAAAAGGAGUACACGGACAGCCAAUCAGGUCUGUCGACUGCGUCCUGGCAGCCAAGGCGCAUCAUGUGCGUCCAUCCCUCGCUCCCUAUGGGGCCAGAGGCCGGCUGGCGUCGACGGAAAGAUUGGGGUGAUAGAUUCACGCAGGAAGUAUGUGGCUGCUCUCAGAAAGUACAUAGGGCUGUACUUGAAGAUACUGUAUCGCACUGGGGAUCUGGAGACUCUAAAAUCAGCGGUGGCAUGUCUCAAAGCAGUUGGAGGGAGUGGCGGGGCGCAGGCGCUAAAGACAGCAUCUGGCACAUGUCCGUGCCUCAACGACAUCGCCCCUUUAGCAUUGGGAUACUUCCUGAUCCUUUUGGUUCAAAAGCUGCGCGUCCUGCUCCCACACCCUCCAGACACCCCGGAAUUCAAACCAGACCGUGCGGCCCCACUGAAAGAGCAUCAGAAAAGCUUGCCAACUUGCGGAGCGAGCACACCAGGGUCAUCUCCAGAGCGAAUCGAGCAUCGUGACAAUGGCAGCGCUGCACCUGCCCCCCUACGAAAGAGUGAGGAGGCAGGGGACAUCUGUGAAGUGUCUCGAAACCCUGCGAGAAUGUGCAGCCCUGGUGAAGCCAUGCCCACAGAAAAGGAUGGCGAAGAGGAGCCCGCUGACGUGUGCAUCCCCCAGGAGGCUUGUUCACUGCUCGAACAGACCUACAACAUGUAUUUUGUCCGUGUCUGUGAGGGCAAGUCAGAUUUGAGCUGGACUGUGGCGCUGCAAGCCGCCUUCGAAGAGGUUUCCCAGCUGCCCGAACCAGUGCAGCUCACUCAGGAGGAGGUGCUGCACGACCUGACUGCAUAUGCCCACUCCUAUCCCUGCUGCCUGCGCCAGAACCAGGACAUUAAAAGGCUGGACGCCCUGGCUGGUGGCUUCAGGAAGCGGCCCAUGGCCCAGAGGACCAAGCUGGGGUCGGCCCCCAGGUACAGAGCCCUGGCUCACACCCUUGCCAGCAAUGCACUUGCAACGCUCAAGGCCCUUGCAGAGCGACUAGCUCCGGGGACACCGCAAGCACUUCAAGCAGGCUCGCACAACGACCCCAGCGGGGAGCUGAGACAACUCAUCCAGCUUGCGGCUGACCUACACAGGCACCUAUCUGGCGAGUUGAAGCCAAAGCAGCUGGCUGGCUUGGAGGGGAUCAUGCAGCACCUGUAUUCCCAAUGGUGCCAGACAACGGGCCAGAGCAUUAAUCUGGUGCCCCCGGGGCCCGGGGCCUUUGCAAGAGAGCCCAACGUCGUUCGGUUGUGUGAGGCGGUCCUCAAACUCCCACCCCCCAAGCCAGUAGCAGCUGAGAGCAAGCAGGACGUCACACCACCUUCAGCUGCGGCACUGGGACCAUCUGGACCCGACAUCGGGCUCUUUGCCGCGGGCAUGGGAUCUCGGGAUGCGUUGCAGUUCAGCUCGGCACCUGCGGGUGGUGAGGUGGCGCCAGGGAUGGCAGAGAGUGUCGGAGUUGAACCUGCAUCGCAGCGGUGCAUGCAGGAGGUGGGCAGUUUUGAACCACCCCCAACCGUCCAACAGCAGGCGCAGGGGGCUGCGAUUUGCCAGGCGCCAAGUGCAGCCCAGGAGUGCAUUGGUGCUGCUGAAAUGCACAGUCUUUCCUUGGGGACUGCCAGCUCACAGGAGAUGAGAGUGGCCCCCACGGCCAUGUCCCCACAACUGAAUGCUUGGGGUGAUGUGGGGAACAAUGAAUCAGGCUCCCGCGAAGCAAAUCAUGUCGUUGCUGGUGCAGACCCUGAGGACAUGCGGCUACAGCAGAGAGCCGACAAGCAGCAAAGUACCAGCGGACUGACAAACAAGAAUGCUGUCGGCGAUUUCGAUGCUAAGCUUGCAGUACUUAGGGGCAACAGCACGUCAUCCAGUGUAGAUGUGCGCCUUGAUGCAGCGGAUCAAAUGCGAACAGCAACAGAGCAGGGAGCCAAGGCGCAUAAUGUUAUGGACAUGAAUAUUUGUGGUGGUGGCACAGCUGCAGGAAGGCAGAGCUCGGAAUGGACAGGCCCACCCAGGGUCGAAUCUCAAGGAGCAGUCGCCAGCAAUGUGUCUGCUGCAAGUGGGCACAUCGUUCAGGCAAUCUCCCAAAUUCUGGUAGUGGGGAAAAAAGGUACACUGGGGUCAGAGGCGGGUGUUGACGGUCAUUUGUCACAGCAGUCGGCAUCGGUGCUUGUCGCCCAAGAGCAAGAGAUCGCAAGCGAGUCAGAACGAGACGUCAGCGGGCCUGCCAGGGCUCUUGGUGACAAUGGUCACCCUGCUGAUGCCAAGUUAGGGGAGGUAGGAACAGCCAAGGGGAGUGUAGAGAGCAGGGCGGACGUGAGUAGCCCAAACAAAGAGAGUGGAGCCUUCAGUGCCGCUUUCUCACAGUGCAUGAAGAAGAGUUGGGGUUGA